GAGGGGACAGAGGUGCUGCAGGAGGGGGCACAGAGGAGAGGUUGGGGGAGAAGGAGGCGAAGGGACCCUUGGGAAAGAAUGCCUCCAGAUUGGGAGAGGAGAGACUGGGGGUAAUGGACUGGCAAGGAGAGGUGGAGCCCUGGGCACUGGCACAGAGCUGGGGGCGGGGGAGAACUUCUUGGGGACAGUGCUGGGAGGGGCUGGCUGCGGAGUGGACGGAGGAAGGGGAGCAAGAAGCCUGGUGGGAGGUGGAAGGAGGAAAAGACCUCAGAGAGAUGGGGGCGCUCGGAAGGGAGGACAGCCCAGCCCUGUCAGCCCCCCUCACUCGGCAUCCUUCCCGCCCCCAGUGUGCCACCCACAAGCUGUGCCACCCCCAGGAGCUGGUGCUGCUCGGGCACUCUCUGGGCCUCCCCCAGGCUUCCCUGAGCAGCUGCUCCAGCCAGGCCCUGCAGCUGACUGGCUGCCUGAACCAACUGCAUGGCGGCCUCGUCCUCUACCAGGGCCUCCUGCAGGCCCUGGCGGGCAUCUCCCCAGAGCUGGCCCCCGCCCUGGACAUACUGCAGCUGGAUGUCACCGACUUAGCCACCAACAUCUGGCUGCAGAUGGAAGACCUGAGGAUGGCCCCGGCCUCGCUUCCCACCCAGGGCACCGUGCCGACCUUCACCUCGGCCUUCCAGCGCCGGGCAGGAGGGGUCCUGGUUGUCUCCCAGCUGCAGAGCUUCCUGGAGCUGGCGUACCGUGUCCUGCGCUACCUCGCCGAGCCCUGAGCAGAGCCCUCCCCUUCCAGUGUAUUUAUCUCUAUUUAAUAUUUAUGCCUAUUUAAACCUCAUAUUUAAAGCCCGGGGGGGGGGGGACAGAAAGGAGUCCCAGUCUCCUGGGUCCUUCCCUUCUCCUCCAAGUUUCAUUCUCCCGCCUGUAGCAGGGAGAAAAAUGCCCAUCUUCCCGUCCCCUGGACUGGGAGGUAGUUGGUAAAUACCAAGUAUUACAUCCGGUGACUGCUCCCUGCCUGGCUCCGCGGUGGGCACUGAGUGAACCCCUACCCUAAGGGUGCCCACCUGGGGCCUUGGAAGCAUUGGGAAGUCUCCCACGUGGGAGACAAGACAGCCCUGUUUAAUAUUUAAACAGCAGUGUUCCCCGACUGGGUCCUAGUACCCCUUCCUCUUGGCCCCUGCUGCCUCCCCGCGCCCCCUUCGCCCCCUUCGCGAUGGGCUUCCUGGCAGAGGCAGCUGGAGCUGGGACGGACUGGGACACUUGACCCUGGGGAAUCUCAUUCUCCUUCUUAAGAUUUUUUCUUUCUGAACGUUUUGACCCCUCGUGUGGGGAGCCCAGGCAUCAGCGCCGCCUCUUGUUUUUCUGGACGCGCUAUAGACACCAUCAGGCUCAUAACACCGCCCCACCCUGCCGGGGUCGGGAUCCGGACUCCCUUUAGGGCCGGGCAGACGGUCAUGGGUCAUGUCUCUGCCUUGCUGGACGGGACUGGGACGGUGGGAGGGAAGAGCCGCCGAGGGGUGUGAGAGGGACGCUCGGCUGUUCACCUUCCGCCUCUGCCCCCACUUUCUCGCUGGAGCCAAACUUCACGAUAAUAAAGUGUUUGUCUCAGUAAA